AUGAGUAGGAAUUCUGCUAAUCUUGUCGAGAUUCCGGCCUUGGUUAUAGAUCCUGGAACAUGUUCGACACGCUUUGGUUUUGCUGGUGAAGAAACACCUGAGGUUAUACUCCCAUCUAAGUACGGUGUUUUGCAAGGAAGCAAUGGAGAUAGAAAAAAUAUUAUAGACGAGUUACAGAUUCAUGCACCCAUCCCUGGUAUGGAGAUUACCAACGGUACAAACGAUGGGAUAAUUCAAGAUUGGGAGUCUACAUUACAAAUAUGGAAUAAAGGACUGAAAAACAAAUUAAAAGUUGACCCAACGGAGUAUGCCAUGAUGAUUACAGAACCGAGCUGGAAUACUCAAGCUGUUCGUCAACAGACGAUGGAAGCAGUAUUUGAACAGCUUCAGGCACCUGCGUUUUAUCUAACCAAACAAGCUGUUUGUGCUGCUUUUGCAAGUAAUAAAGCAACGGCUUUGAUUGUUGACCUUGGCACUGAUAAUGCCACUGUAACACCUGUUGUCGAUGGCAUUGCUGUGCGAAAAGGCAUCGUAAAGCAACUUGUUGCUGGAAAUUUUUUGAAUGCAAAUAUCAAAAGUUUAUUCUCUAAAAUGAACAUAAACGCUGUACCUCACUAUCAGGUAGCCAGGAAAUCAAUCGUUAUUGAAUCUUCCAGACCCGGAAAUGCAGAAGAGGUGAAGCCAGCAGUUUUCUAUGAUCCGAUUGACGGUUUAACAGAUUCCUAUAAAGAGUUUAAAAAUAAACGAAUAGUUGAAGAAUGGAAAGAAAGCGUCCUGGAGACGUUAGAAACUCCAUUUGAUGAAUUUAAAGCAUCCACAAAGAACCCCAAGCAUUUUGAGUUUCCCGAUGGCUCAAACUAUCAAUUUGGCGUCGACCGAUUUCGUGUUGGUGAAAUCUUGCUUAACCCUAGCUUUGCUUCUAAUGAUUCCUCUGAAAGUACCCCUCCGGAAAAUGCUGUUGGGCUUCACAACCUGGUGUACCAAAGCAUUGUCGCAUGCGAAAGCGAGUUACGGUCACAGUUAUUUAAUAAUAUUGUUUUAACGGGUGGUACUUCACUCAUACCUGGUCUUACAGAGAGACUACAAGGUGAGCUUCAAAGACUAGCUCCGGGAAACCGAGUCAAUGUACACACUAGCGGAGAUUCUACUUAUCGAAGUAAUGCUUCAUGGCUGGGAGGCUCUAUUCUGGCGAGUCUCGAUAACUUUCAACAUCUAUGGGUUUCAAAACAAGAGUACGAUGAAGUGGGAGUAGAUAGAGCUUUGUUUGUAGAAAAAAGAUGCAAGUAG